AUUUUAAUAAACUCGUAUCUCAUUAAUAGUUGAAUUAUUUAGGCUGUUUUCGUACUCUACUUUGUUUUCCUACUCAUUGUUCUAAAUGCCACACUUUCCAUUGGAGGUCUGGAUUCAUCGAUAAAUUUUAUGACGUCGAUUUCUAUUUUGUUCAUUGUUUGAUCGAGCGUGUCCAUGCAGCUUAUACGCCUCGUCGAGAAAUUAAAAAAAAAUAUAAUUCCUUGGUUGGAAAAAAUGGAAGUCGGAAACCCAGAUGCCUCUUCAAUCAAAGCCCUCUCUGUUUCUCAGGUGGUAGAAGAGUUGAAAGAGCUGUGGGGUUUGACCUUUCCGGUAACUACCAUGAACUUCUUGGUGUUUUUAAGGCAGGUGGUCUCUGUCUUGUUCUUGGGCAGAAUUGGAAGCCUUGAGCUAGCAGGUGGUGCACUUGCUAUAGGAUUUACAAAUAUCACAGGCUAUUCUGUUAUGGUGGGUUUAGCCGCUGGGUUGGAACCCUUAUGCAGCCAAGCCUACGGAAGUAAAAAUUGGGAUCUCCUCUGUCUUUCUCUGCAACGCAUGAUCUUAAUCCUCCUCUUUGCAACUAUACCCAUCGGUUUUCUCUGGAUCAACCUUGACAACAUCAUGGUAUUUUUGGGUCAAGAUCACCAAAUCACAAGGAUGGCGGCUAUUUAUUGUAUUUAUUCUCUUCCAGACCUUUUAACAAACACCUUGUUGCAACCCAUAAAAAUAUUUUUGAGGUCACAAGAGGACACGAAACCCUUGAUGUAUAGCACUCUGGUAGCAGUUGGCCUUCAUGUGCCUCUGAAUUACAUGAUGGUGGUGGCGCUGGGGAUGGGAAUGCAAGGAGUGGCAAUGGCUUCGGUGAUAACAAAUUUGAACAUUGUGGGAUUGUUAUCUGGAUACGUGUGGGUGUGGGGAAGGAAAGGGGAGAUGAGAUGGACGUUGAAGGUGGGUGAGGUUUGUGGAGGCGUGGGGCCAGUGAUGAAGCUGGCUAUACCGAGUUGCUUGGGAAUCUGUUUGGAGUGGUGGUGGUAUGAAAUAGUGACAGUACUGUCUGGUUAUUUAUCCAAUCCAACGUCGGCUGUGGCCGCCACUGGGAUUCUCAUCCAAACUACAAGCAUGAUGUACACCGUACCCCUGGCUCUCUCUGGUUGCGUCUCCUCCAGGGUAGGGAAGGAGCUGGGAAGUGGAAAGCCAAGGAAAGCGAAAGCUGCAGCCGUGGUGGCAUUGGGAUGCGCACUUGUGGUAGGCGGAAUCAACGUGACGUGGACGGUGAUUCUCCGGCGGACAUGGGCCACACUUUUCACAGAUGAUAUGUCGGUUGAAUCAUUGGUCUCUUCGGCUUUGCCAAUCAUAGGUCUCUGUGAGCUUUGGAACUGCCCGCAGACCACUGGAUACGGCAUCCUUCGUGGCACUGCCCGUCCUGCUGUGGGUGCUCGUAUCAACUUGGGAUCUUUUUACCUGGUGGGCACCCCUGUGGCUGUGGGCCUUGCAUUUGGGCUUCGAGUUGGAUUUGUUGGGCUUUGGUUUGGGCUGCUCUCAGCCCAGAUCACUUGUGCUGUGUCGAUGUUAUAUAUGGUUUUGGUGAAGACUGAUUGGGAGGCUGAGGCUUUGAAGGCUAAGCAGCUCACUGGUUUGGAAAUGACGGCCGCUAAUGGUGCAGAAGGGGAAACCCAGGGGCUCCUUGGUGAGGAAAAUAGCCAUUAACUUUACAUUCUCUAGAGAGAGAUUGAAAUGGUUUCUUCUUCUUCUUCUUCUUCUUGUUUUUUUUUCGUGUUUUUGGCUGUUGGUGGUGUUAUCUAUUUUGUGUGAAUGUUCCUUUGCGUUUUUGAAAGUCUUGUGGUGAUGCAGCGUUUGAUUA